ACUAGGACAACUGAUUUAUGCACAUUACGCAAAAUAGCAAUUUAGCCUAGGUUUAAAGCGAUUAACUCGAAAAAAAUAAAGCUGAUUUACUGUUGCUUGCAACAAAAACUACAAGCCUAUUACAUCAUUACUAAUUGUCAUUCCCAAAGGGGAUUUAUUUAAAUGACGUAUAAUAUUUAAUGAUCAUAGUAUACCCGCAAAAGACGACUCUAUAGGUUUAAUAGGUUGCUUCUGUGGAAGCUGUAGGUGUCGGAAGUACUCCCACUACAAUACCAAUAAGAUCAAAAGAAAGAGGCUCAGGCACACGCCGCUGCACGGUUUACCACUAGUCUGAAAGCAGCACUGUGAAGUUAAAAUCAGACUCUGGCUCAAAGUAAUUUAUAUUUACCGGACAAGUUAAGAAAAAGCAUCAAUCUGCUGUCAAAAGAAGAGCCUGAUCGUGAAGACCCUUCUCUGGAUAGUGUGUAAAAUAAGACACUGCUUACUGGCAAAUCAGGAGUUUCGAAACACAUUUGCAGGCUUGAGCUGUAGCUCCACGACCACUCUUCAAUACUAGGUCCCCGACAGAUGCAGUCUCCUAGCAUGUCAAAUGAAACAAACAUUAACUGUAGUAUUGAUCACAACAUUCACCAGUACUUGUUUUCUGGGGUAUAUAUUAUUGUUCUGGCAAUAGGGCUGCCCGCAAACAUCUUUUCCUUGCAUCACGGCUGGCAGCAAUGGAAAGCCAAGAACGAGCUUGGAAUCUACUUGAUCAACUUAACAGUGUCCGAUUUGCUGUACCUGGCUUCGUUGCCUUUGUGGCUGCAGUACAUCUUUCUGGGCGAUGACUGGAGGCACCAGGAGUGGCUAUGCAAAGUCUGUGGAUUUCUCCUCUACGAGAACAUCUAUAUCAGCAUCGGUUUCAUGUGCUGCAUCUCUGUUGACAGGUACUUAGCUGUGGUAUACCCCCUCCGGUUCCACUGGUUGAGAAGCAGGAGAGCAGCUGUGUUGGUAAGCAUUUUCAUCUGGUUUAAAGAGAUCGGGGUCAGCAUUAGUUUCUUUGUGCACAAGGAACUCAGCCAAGACCAAAACAACCACUCCAUUUGCUUUGAGCAUUACCCCAUGAAAGACUGGGAACACAGUGUGAAUUACUAUCGCUUUUUCAUUGGAUACCUGUUCCCCUUAUGCAUCCUCACAAUUUCUUACUUCAGAGUCCUGAGGGCAGUUAAUAAGAGCACUGGCACUCUGACCUCGCAGAAAGUCCGCAUCAAAAGCUUGGUUUCUGGCACAAUUUUGAUUUUCUUGCUUUGCUUCUCUCCUUAUCACUUUUUUUUGUUGGUCCGGACCAUUUUGGAGAAAGAAUGCUCAUUCAUUGAAAAGAUCUUUAACUUCUACCACGUCUCCCUUCUAUUGACCAGCUUUAACUGUAUCGCUGACCCCGUGCUGUAUUGCUUUGUCAGCGAGACCAACCAGAAAAUGAUACUGAGGAUGAAAAACUAUUGCAUGCAGCUUCUCUGUUGUAAAAAGGCAGAAAAUAUGGAUUCGACAGAAAACAACACACCAGAUCAGACUGGAACUGUUUUGGCAUUCCUACCAGUUAAUGAAGAUGCUUGGGGAGGUUCAGAAGACAGGAUCUUAAGUUUUAAAGCUGCUGGACAAAACAGGGACAAGCUACUUAUGGAAAAGAGCAUCAUCUGAUCCCAUGACCAAGCCAUUUAAUUACCUCUUUACACCCAGGAACAAGAAAGCCCUCCCUGCACACCAAGUGCACCACUAUGUUGCCCAAAGACAUUAUUUUUUUUGAGAAUGAAAUGAACAUGUUCACUAUGAAAUUGGAAGCUGUGAUGUUCAUUAGAAGACUGAUUUCUGCAUUUUAAAUGAUGUCAGUUGUGGCUGCCCAUGUAAUAUGACAUGCUGACUGAGGUCAUUGUACGAGACUUGUGUUCAGGAGUCACAGUGAACUUUUAAGACUUAAAAAGUCUAUACAACCUCAUUUGCCUUGAUGUCACAUAUCCUUGAGAGACCAAAAGACAUGCUGGCCACUGCCUGUGCUUUCUAAUGAAACUAAAUGUUUUGUUUUUGUAAAUGUAUUUAAUAAUGUUAGUAAAACACAAUUAAUGUAUUGUUUUUAUAAAAGAACAAAAGUGUCUAAAGUCACUAUAUGCUGUUGAGUAUACCGUUUUGGGAUGCCAAACUUAAUUUUAGCAAGGGACAUGUUUGUUAUUUCAUACAGUAUUUGAUUUGCUGUUACUUUUGUUUUUAUUCAUAUUUUGGUAUUACAUAAAACUGUGUUGCUUGUGCUUCACUGCAGUCCCUUUCCCAGCUGUUGCAAGCUCCAUCCCUGGAAAAGAAAAACAAACCUAAUGAUAUAUUCAGAAACUUCAAAUCCUGGCAUCCAUGGUUUAGUGUAUUCUGCUUGAUUCUAUUCUGGAUAGUAAUGAUUGAAUGCAUACAAAUGCAACUUACUUGCAUACAGCUGUUUGACAAGAAGAAUCUAGUGUAUUGAAGAAACAUUAGUUGGAUAUCUUCUACAAAAUCUUUGUGGUAGUGGCUGUCAUUUCCCACUAGCACAAAAAUAACUCAUUUUAGCUUAAACGUACAAAUGUGCGAGAAGAACCGAUAUAUACUGGUGCUACCAAUUUAUUUGCACGCAAAAACCUUCCUGUACUACAGAAACGGACACAGCUUUAUGAAUCACAUUUUCAAACAUAAAUUAGGACACCUGGGAUAAGCUGCCAGAUUCUUUCACCAAAUUCAGGGAUGAAGAUGUUUCAUGAAGCUUUAUGAUGAUGAGAGAAAGUGAUCUGAAUUUAGGCAUUUCAAGGCUGUUGUGGAGAAUAUACAGUACUGGUGAUUGCAUAUGUAUUGUUUUUUUUCUUGAAAAAAUGGAAACCCUACCUGUAAUCACAGUUUGCAAUUCAUUAUCUCUGAACUGUCAUACUCUGUCUGCUGUAUUGCGCAUCACAAUGCCUCCAAAUGCCCAAGGCCCUCUGCUCACAAACAAGCUCUUGCUUUAAUCAGCUGUGAACAGAGCUUCACAACAACAUAAUUUUCUACAACUUGCAUGCUCUUGUUAAAGCAAUACGUUGGGGUUUAUGAUUUGUAAUAAGUUUAUAAAUUCUAGUUACAUUUACCUUUAUACCUCCAAUGUAUUAAAUGCUCUCAUAUGUGUUAUAUGGGUACUGUGCUGGCUUCAGUGACAAAUAAUGUAAUUCUUCAUCUUUUAAAAUUAUACAAUGUUUUAUUUUUUUUUUAUAUAAAACAAAAUAAGUUCAAUUAAAAUAAUGUAUUAAAAGUUAAGUGACUUGUGAUUAUUUCCUAUUGUCUGCAGUCUCUUAAAAUACAUGCUAAUGCACAGAGAUUCAUAGAGGAACAUCUACCCUUAAGGGAAGGGAACCAACUACUUGAAAUUUAUGUAUUCUGAA